UAACGUGACAACGGCACAAGGAACAAAGGAAAGACAAGGGCUUAAAUACCAAACACAAGACACGCAACUCGGAACAGCUGAGACACAUGUAGGGAAACACAGGGAAACACACCAAAACACGACACAGACCAUGACAUCCGUAUUAUAAAUGUAUGUUAAUUUUUAGGUUAUUCUCUGUAGUUCCAAAUUGACAGAAAUUCAGAAGUACUGUAGUUUACGAUGCCCCCAGAACGCAUCGCGUGCGCAUGCACGGCAGACAGCCGUGCAUGCGCACGGCAGCACAGAGAAAGUUACGGGACACACACACGUAGCUGCGAUAGUAGUUCAUUGAUGAAGGAAAUUAUAUAUAAGAUACCUAAAUGAUAAAGAUAAGAUACCUAAUUAAAAAAACUGUAUUAGAGACACUUGCUAGAGAGAGAAAACUACAAGUGGUUCGGGAGAAGUCUUCUGGGGAGCGCUCCGGACAGGUGCUUUCCGAGUUAAUGGACGGAUUUUCCUGGGUAUGGUGUUGAUGCCGAGGAGCAGCAGUCCGGAGCCAGUGUUCGUCGACAAGAUGCAAUGCGUCGUAGAGCAAGCAUUUGCAACAAUUGCAUGGGAUGAUCUGGAUGAUUGCGCAUCUGUCCUGCACAUGGAGAGUGACUCUCUUGGCUCACAGGUGAACGAGUCCGAUGGAGAUGAGCAAUACUUUGGAGAGUAUGCGCUCGAUUUCAUGGCAGAGUCUCCGGGUACAUUGGAUAGCAGCCUAUCUCCGGUGGGGCUGGUCCCCUUCCAGGGCUGCAUCAUCCCCCCUCUCACGCCUCGACAAGACUUCCCUCCUCAGGACAGCCCCACAGCUGCUCCCCGCUCCCCGGAGCCGGGCCACCACAGUGCCCAGGAUGGAGCUACCUGGAGGGGCAUGGCCAAGCACCAAGGCUGGCUCUUAGACCACUCGGCACAAGUCAACCAUCGGCUCCACGAGACUCUACAUAGUAAACAGGAAGAGGUGGAGUCUCUGCAAGAGAGGAACGGUCACCUGAGAGAGCUGGCCAGCCGAGCUAAGCACCUGGCCUCAGUGCUGGAGAGGCUGAUGACAGUCAGUGGGCCCUAUAUACACGAGCCGGCGCUGCCUUCCUGUGACAAAAGCUCCAGCAGUCCCCACAAGAGGCGGCGUCUGAGCGAGGACGCAGAGGGUGAAGGUGUGCCUUCGGGCUCGGUGGAGGACAUCCUGAGGGACAUGAGCACACGCUGCAACGCCGUCCUCCACGGCAGCGGCGCCGUUGGACCUGGAGAGCCGCAGGCCUCCGACCACGUGCGCAUGUACGGGGCCUUUGCAGGCCUGCAGACCUCCGUCGCCGAGGGCUCCGGAGGAGCCCUCGGCGUGAGCGCGGACGGAACCGACUCGGGCUGCGACUCGUCCUUCAGAACGUCCAUUCAGGACCACUGCACCAUAAAGACCCAGGUGUUUCCCCAUGGACAUGCUUUCACAUCAAGGACUCAGACCGGAGGAUAUCGUUUUCGCUGGGUACCCAACCAGAGCUGAGACCAGACAGUUUAAGCCAAGAUAUGGCAAGACAUCCAAAUGUAUCAAUUAUACGUGGUCGGGGGACUGAAGUGUAACGUAAUGCUGCAGAGAAAUGGAGCCGUGGCACGCGGAGAGAGUGGGUGGGCAACUACUGCUUAUGGGUUUCUAAUAAGCUGCCAUUAUUUCUGUAAAUGAUUCAACAAGCUCUUUCUGAGGUAGCCUGCUAAGCUAACAACUCAGAGCUGUCACUCAGCCAAGUAAAUAAUACUGCCUAAGCAUUUGUUUACAUUGUGUUCCUGUUUACAUACCUCACAUGUUGCAAUCCUUCAGGGCACACAUUUAACAACACUGACAAACAAUGGCGCACGCAACAAUGUCAUGAAUUUCUCACUCUGUA